UUAUUAAAAUUUAUUGUUUUUUUGCGACAGAUCGACUACACGUAAAAUUUUCUAAUCUAUCAUUGACCAUUAAUUAGAUCAUCGUGAUGAUGCAGCCGAAUCAUACAAUUGGUCCUUACGGGAAAGCAGCCUAUGGAAUGGCAAUGGGAUCACUCGGUUUGGCGUCAGUGAUCGGCUACGCAAUUUUUCUCCGAACAAUCUGGGGACGUCGUGAACUUCAGAAACGCUCGAUCUUCUUGAUGUCUCUCUGUGUGUCGGACCUUGUAAUGAUAUCCGGUCAUAUGAUCACCACCAUCAUGGCUACAUUUCAUAAAACAUGGCCAUAUGGUGACAUGGGAUGCCAGAUCAACGCUUUUUUUGGAAUGGCGCCAUCUCUGGUCAGUCUUGCCAACAUAGCUUUAAUAGCAUAUGACGCGUACAAUAGAGAGUGCAAAAAAGAUCAGCAUGGCACAAACUACGGUUUCUUUAUAACCAUGGCCUGGGUGACAGGAUUUGUUGCUGGAUUUUUGCCCGUGUUGGGGAUGGGAGCAUUUGCAUUCGAAAGCCCGUUGAAAGUUGGUUGCUUGUUGGACUUCAGUGACCCAAGAAACGGAAUUGCGUCCUAUCUCAGCUUGUUAACGGUAUGCUGGUUUCUCUUCCCGAUGUACUACAUUGUCAAAUACUACGGAAAGUUAUACAAGGAAACUGGAGACGGUUAUUUGCUUCGCGUCAUACCUGUUCAAGUUAUAUGUGCCUGGACCCCAUAUGCUCUCUGCAGUAUCUUGAUGCUGUUAGUCGGACCAGCUAACGUACCUCAAGUUGCUUUCGCCAUGGCAUCAAACCUUUGCGCCAAGAUCUCCAUUGCAACCAAUCCCUACAUCUACAUCUCAAGCGACCCCAAGUUGAAAGCUGCUUGCCAAGAAAUGCUUAUGGGAUCUGAUAGUGACGAAACAAACAAGGACAAAUGAACUAUGACCGAACAAAAUCUGACCAUUUCGAUGUCCUCGUCCUGUUUUCUCAGUCUUUUUUUGGUCCACGAUCCUUUUUUAUCGAAUUUAGACACAAAAUGGACAACAUUCAAUGUGAAACACUGGCGAAAACUUGAACACGGGCGAUUUUUUGGUACGGUACAUUACAAUCAUCAUGAGCUGGAAAAGAUUAAAUUGAAAAUAUAAUAAUAUCAUCGUUACACCUAUCCGAAUAAUCACGACCCCCGCCGUUCCGAGAAAAUUAAAUAUGUAUGAAUGCAUAAAUAAAUAUACAUCAAUGUUUAUAUAUUGACUUAUAACCAUAUAUAUAUAUUGUCUGUCCGUACGUUUAGUAUUUGCAACAUUCAAUUGUAAACUUCGUUCAGAUUGUCUCACCAAUUUAUAAUAAAUUUACAUUUCGAAAUAUUUUCGCAUGUAUGUGUGUAGCAACAACAUUAUAACAAUAUCAUAACUAAUAACUUUAUUCCGCGAGUACGAUCUUUUACAUUUUUUGUUCUCAAAAUGAAAUGAUAUUUUCCUUCUAAACGUGGUAUAAUUUGAAAUAUAUAUAUUUCACAUUUAA